GGAUUGGCUAAGAGCAGUGGGCGGGGCCGAUCGUGGACCACUUCCGAGUGCGGAAGGGAGCCCGAGCGGCGUCUACGCUUUGCGCAGCCCCUCCCCCAGUUGGAUCCUUUUCUGCCCACCUUUCCUUCAACUUGGGUGUCUUGACUUUGGUCCAUGCCACCAUGCCUGUUCAGCCUCUGCCCAAGGAGAUGGAGGGGGAAGGCGAUUCCGCUGCCGAAAUGAACGGCGAGGAAGAGAGCGAGGAUGAGCGCAGCGCCAGCCCGUCGGAAUCAGAAGAGGAGAGUUCAGAGAUGAACGAUGAAGACUACGAACGGCGACGGGCAGAAUGCGUGGACGAAAUGUUAGAUUUGGAGAAGCAGUUCUCUGAAAUCAAAGAGAAACUUUUUAAGGAGCGCCUGAACCAGGUGAAGGCGAAGUUGGAAGACGUGAUGUCAGGAAAAGCGGUGGAAUACCUCGAUCCCCUCGCCGUUUUGCAGAAUCACAUGCAGAUCCGGAUGGAAGUGGCUGGGAUAUAUCGAGGUUUGUGCCUGGAAGUCAUCGAGCACCGAUAUCAAUGUGAGCUGCAAGGAGCCCAGCAACACCUGGAGAGUGAGAAACUGCUGCUGUUCGACAGCCUUGAGGAACGCCUGUUGGAGCGCAUCCAACGUUUGGAAGACGACCGGCACAGCGUGGGCCUCACUUCUGGUGGGUUCCCCAGCACGGUGGGUUAUCCUUCCCCUUGCCUGCAUGCCAACGUCGUCCCUUGGAGCAGAAAAAACCAGGAUUCAGUCUCGGAACAUCCAGUUUACCUAGGGAUAGUCCCAUUUGCAAAGAAUCCAGAUGUGGAAAAAGCCCCUUCUCUCUGUCCAAAGACUCAGCAGCGGCUACCGACCAGAAAAGACCAGGGUUUUCUCACUGUCUUGGACUACAGUUCCCAUAUUAGCAGGCUGACGUGCCCUGGGAAGGAUGGGAGUUUCAAUCCCAUAGGUUUAAAGGAUGCCAAGGAGGUUGGAAGAGAUGGG